CAAAUUAUUUUCGUGAACAUAAUACUUCGCGGCGCUCGGUCCCACUUCGCGGCAGAAGAACACCGCCGUCGCCGCCGCCGCCGCCGCCGCCGUCACAGGAACUCCUUACCAUGGAGGGUGUUGGCGCGCGAUUAGGGCGUUCGUCGGCCCGUUACGGCCCCGCGAUGACGUUCACCGGGCCCGUUAGGAAGUGGCGGAAGGAAUGGGUCCCCAUCUCCGCCGCCACGGCCACGGCCUCCUCCGCCGGGACUGGAUCUCGCGGAAAUAACCUCAUCCUGUUCAAGUGGACCCCGUUUAACGGCUCCAACGAAGGAGAUGAGGAGCAGACGGCACCGGCGAAGACGGCCACGAGAAGGCGGCGGUACGUGCCGGUUUCUGUAGUUCAAGAUCAAAGGCAAGAAUCUGCCAAAUCUGAUGAUGAGAACAAGGCUAAUGAUGGAGAACCUUCAUCUACGGAAACAGAGCAGUCUAUUGGGAAAACUAAUAUCGAUGAUAUACUUAUGGAUGAAUCCCAGGCAUCAGAUGAGGUUCGAGAUUCUGGAAAUUUUGUUGGUGGAACCGACCUAAAUUUGAACCUGGGUCUGAAAGACCCCGAUGUUGAAGAUGAAGGUGAUACAGUUGAAGAUGAAGGUGAUACAGUUGAGCACCACAGGGUUCGAACAGAACACAGAUUGAAGAGGAAAUCUGUUACCCCUGACCUCGAGAUGAGAAUGUAACUGGCGGCUUCAUUUAUUCCUUGUAUUCUUUACUACAGUUUCCCUUUUUUGGGCCAUUUAUAUAUUUUUCUUGACAUACUGUAUACGUGGAGAGACAAGUAACAGAAUCACAACUACAUAGUGAAACGCCUGCAUUGUGUUGCCAAAUACCUUUUAUUUGUUUCACUUGUGAAUUGAGCAAAUGAUAGGUCUGAUGAAUCAAGGACAUAUACGAUAAAA